UGGAGAAGAGACAUUGCGUCCUCAAUAAUAAAUUAUUACCACCUCCCUUCCUAUUUUAUAAUAUUUCUCCCCCCUUUAUUUCUGUUCCCAUUCUUGGUUGUGGCAACUCCAUCUAUAACCUUCACAGUUCACACCAAGCUCUCUCGCUCUCUCUUUAACCUCUCUCUCUCUCUCUCUCUCCCUCCUUUAAACCACACUUCUAUCGCUCUUCAAGCACAGAAAAUUGGCCACGCUGCCUAGCUCUCUUUGCCCGCCCUUUGUCUUUUGUCACGGUGGAAGAAGUAUUUCGGUAACAGAGACGAGAAAGUAGAGGAUGAUGCCAGAAAAUGGACAGCUCCCUGUUCCCCCAGGCUUUCGAUUCCAUCCCACCGAUGAGGAGCUACUUUAUUACUAUCUGAGGAAGAAGGUGUCAUAUGAAGCCAUCGACCUUGAUGUUAUUAGAGAAGUGGAUCUCAACAAACUUGAGCCUUGGGAUCUCAAAGAAAAAUGUAGAAUUGGAUCAGGUCCUCAGAAUGAGUGGUAUUUUUUCAGCCACAAAGAUAAGAAAUAUCCAACUGGAACUCGAACGAAUCGAGCUACCAUAGCUGGUUUUUGGAAGGCUACAGGAAGGGACAAGGCCAUUCAUCUCAACAACUCCAAGAGGAUUGGUAUGAGGAAAACUCUAGUUUUCUACACAGGACGUGCUCCCCAUGGCCAAAAAACCGACUGGAUCAUGCAUGAGUAUCGCCUAGAUGAUGACAACACCCAAGUUCAGCUGCAGGAGGAUGGUUGGGUCGUCUGUAGGGUGUUCAGGAAAAAGGGUCAUAAUAAUAGGGGUUUCCAACCAGAAAUUGUUGAAGAAGAUGAUCAACACCACUUUGCUCACAUGAAAGCAAGUGCAAGUGGAUCCCCUCCAUUGGAUCUUAAACAGAAUUUGCAAGCGCUAUAUGAUCAAUGUAACUUUGAUGGUUCCAUGCAUCUCCCACCGUUGUUGUCUCCUGAGUUGGCUACCCACCCAUCAUUUCUCUCACCCAUGUCCUUCAACACUACGGAUAUUGAGUGUUCUCAUAGCUUGCUGAGGCUGACAUCUGGUGGUUGUGGAGUCAUGCAACAAGAGAGGUUUAAUGGGGACUGGUCAUUCUUGGAUAAGCUUCUUGCUUCCCAUCAAAACCUGGAUCAGAGCAAAUGCCAUCAUCCUCCCUCCCAAGCUCUUGAUCAUGUGGGUCUUUCAGCUCAAAGGUUCCCAUUUCAGUACCUUGGCUGCGAAACAGACAUUUUGAAGUUUUUUAAGUAGGGUCACAAUAUAAUCCUCUAAGAGUCACUUGGCAACAAUUUUAUUCUUAUUUUUAUUAUGAAUGAAAUUAUACAUAACGAAAAUGUCCUUAAGGAUGAAUAGGACUACUUAAAUUUUUGCCUCUUUUUUUUUUUUUUUUUAAAUAUUUUUUAUAGGUUGCUUAUAUAAUUCUUGUUCCUCAAACUUUUGUUUUAGGCAUUUAGAUGCUCAGAAGCCCUACUAGUGAGACUGAAAAAAUAGAAGAAGACAAAGAGGGUGUGAGAGAAUACUUUGUAUUCACU